UGAUGUAGUAGGCCAAGUCGAAAGCCAAUCUUCGCCAGGAACGCACCACACACUCCCCAGAACUCCCGGAACUCGCAGAACUCUCACUCCCAAAAUGCUGAAGAUCACCAUCUGUUUGUUGGCCGUGGCCGCUGGAGCGUGGGGCGCCAGCAUUGGUGGCCAGUCGGUGAGCAGCACCACCGAGAAGCGCGAGAUCGUGCCACUGCUGCGGUUCGAGACGGAGAAGAACCCGGACGGCUCCUUCCACUUCGAAUACGAGGGCGGCGACCAGUCGUACCGCCAGGAGCAGGGACAACUCCAGAACGCCGGCACCGAGGAUGAGGCCUUGGAGGUCUCUGGCUCUUACCGCUACAUUGAUGCCGAUGGCAACACUGUGGAGGUGCACUACACGGCGGGCAGGAACGGAUUUGUGCCCAUUGGCACCAUCAUUCCCAAGGAGAUCACAGCUGUGGCCCAGGCUGCCGCCGAUCUGCCCAACAUCUCCGAAGAGGAGGAGCUCAGGCUGAAGCAUCGCAAGGCUCGCUCCCAGGAGGUGGAGAAGGAGGCUGUGGUAGAGAAGGAUCAAGCGCCCGCUGAAUCCCAGAUUUUGCCCGUCGUGGUAGAGAAGGAGGCUGUGUCGCAGCUGAAGACUGUCGUGGAGAAGGAGGCUGUGGCUGAGAAGAAGGAUCAAGCGCCCGCUGAAGCCCAGAUUGUGCCCGUCGUGGUAGAGAAGGAGGCUGUGUCGCAGCUGAAGACUGUCGUGGAGAAGGAGGCUGUGGCUGAGAAGAAGGAUCAAGCGCCCGCUGAAGCCCAGAUUGUGCCCGUGCAGGUUGUCCUCGAGUCCAAGCCAGAGGCGGAGCCCAAGAGGGCCGAGACCACGACUGCCUAAGACCUCAUAGAGGACUAGCCUCCCUAGAUUCUACUUACUUUAAGUAUUGUUACAUUUAAACGUGAAAUGUGUGCGCGCUAAUUUAAUUGUCUAGCAAUAAAAACGAUUCCCUCUA